AUGGCAGGACUGUUUGUCUUUGUCUCUAUCGACUCGGAACAGUUUGAAACUAUAGAGGUUAUUGACUAUCCAUGCUUGUCCAAAAAAAUGUUCUUUCUGAUUUUGGAUGAGGUAAAAUCAACUGUCACUGAUCCUGGCCAAAGUCACCUGACCGCGGUUGCCAUACCCAAUUUGGAACCUGGGGGUGUUGGAGACAUAGGACUAUGGGAUGUUAGUUCAGGGAAAAAGUUGCUUUCAAGAAAUUUUAGAGUCUGGAAUCUUGAUGCAGGCCCGAUGGCCUUAAAGAGUCCUGAUGGUUCUGUAUUUGGUGAGAAUGUUCUCAUACUUAAAAUGGGGUUGCAUAUGCAAAGCGCAUUGUGCAAUUAUAUUCUUAUAAUGGAGGCAACAACAAUUGGAAGUCAUGAAGCUCCUGUCUAUUCUGUCUGUCCUCAUACCAAAGAAAAUGUCCAUGUAAGGGCCACUUUGGGUAUUGAUGUUGUGGUUCUGCCAAGGAGGGAAACAAUCAGAGCCAGGAGCGACCAAGUGUAA